GAUAUCUGAAACUGUCAUAGUCACAAUGGUUGAAAAAUCAUAAUAAGCUUUUUUAAAUCUACAAUUCAUUGAAAAUUCUGAGUAAAAUUAAUAAAUUUUAGUGCAUAAAUUAUUAGUUUAGUGAUAAGGCAAGACAAAUCACUCAUAAAUUACGGAAAAUUCUCUUGAAUAAUCUUGCUGUGGUGGGAAAUCAUGAAUCUAAGUUUCAUCCCCUUAAUAUUGAAAUACAUUCUACUAAUAAGUUUCCUGCUUAUCUUUGGAGUCUUCAGUUUUUUUGCAAGACUCCUCUUCGUAUAAAAAAAAGAACGAUAGAGAGUGUUUGAGUGUUUUUCCUUGCUAAGAGAACAUAAAAGAACAUGAUGAGAGAUCCAUCCCAAUGAGCAAGAAUUUUUAUGUGAUAAAAGUGAAGACUCGUGAAAAUCUGACAGGAUUUGAAGAAUGUGAGUGGAACGGAAAGCAAAGGAAAAACCAUGGCUCAGCGGGGACUGAGAGAUGUUAUGUACGAGAGACAAUAUCCUAGUCUAGAAUAUAUAGGUAAUCGUUCGCAGUCCCACUCCAUUAAUUUAAUUACUGAGGACUUCAUUUCUGGAUACCAGCAUGAUGGACGGAUGUCUGUCAUUCGGCGCUUCUUCUGCCUCUUUGUCACUUUCGAUUUGGUAUUCAUUGCUCUUUUGUGGCUCAUUUGUGUCAUGAUUACAGGUGAUAACAUUUAUAAUGCACUACGGACGCAAGUUGUUCACUACACUAUUUAUACGUCACUUUUCGACAUUGUUAUGGCUGCAAUUUGUCGAUUUGUUGUCCUCAUACUCUUCUAUGCCAUUCUCUACAUCAAUCACUGGAUCAUCAUUGCGGCUUCCACAUCCGGUUCAUGUGCAUUUCUUAUUUCGAAAGUCUUUGUUUACAAUUGGGCAGAUUCGCCUGAGCCAGUGUUUCAAGUACUUUUGAUUGUGAUUAGCUUCGUGAUAGCCUGGGGUGAAGCUUGGUUCUUGGAUUGUCGAGUGAUUCCACAGGAGCAACAUGCACAGAGUUAUCUUAAUGCAAUAUCUUCAACAUUUGACGAUCGUGGACCUCUUUUGGCGCCCUUCUUAGCCACUUCCACAGGAACAGGCCGACGAACGGAGAGUAUAGCUAAUUUCUAUUCACCCUAUGAAUCCAUUCACAACAGUGACGAUGAAGGAGACAAGGAUGAGGAGUAUAAGAGAAUGGCUCUGGAAUGCGUAAAAAAGGCUUAUGAGCUGCUCGAAAGUGAAGAUUGGGAAGUGGAAAAAGUCACACCAAGUUCAGACACAAUUCAAAGUAUUAAACGUGAUAGAUUAGGAAAAGUUUAUAAAUUAACGGGGAGAGUAAAUAGCAAUGCAAAGAAGUUGGUUGAGGAUCUCUUCAUAAAUAUUGAGGAAAUGCCCAAAUGGAAUCCCACCCUCCUGGAUUCAAGGGUCAUCCAUCGAAUCGACCCACGCACAGAUAUCUCGUACCAAGUUUCAGCUCCAGGUGGAGGUGGUUUCGUCAAGAGUCGCGACUUUGUAAAUCUUCGCUCAUGGGAAACUUUUGAAAAUGGGAGGAUGAUCCAAGAUGAUGAGGAGAGUGAGCUGUAUCCCAGAGGACGAUUGCCGACAGUUCAGGAACAGUCUGAGGGUGAGAGUUCUGUUAAAAGCGAGCCGCCUUCUAAGCCACGUAUGGAUGAAGCAUACCAAAAGAGAGCUCCCAUGUCACUCAGUAAGAGUCUAGGAGCUAGAGAUUUCAGUGCAUCUCCUAGCAUUGCUGAGCAGGAGGAAGCUGAAAAUGAGAUUGGAGAUGUAAAGUUCCAAGAUGCUGAAGAUUGGCCCAAUAGGUCUCUGAGGGUUUACGUAAGUGCUGCUGUUGCAAUUGAAUAUCCAGGAUUUGGAGCGACGACAAAAUACGUGAGGGGUGAAAACCUAAUAUCUUGCGUGGUAACAAGAGAGAUUCCUGGUGAGGAAAACUGUUGCAUUUACGAAUGGCUUUUGUGUCUUGACUUGAAAGGAUAUAUCCCAAAGUCAAUUCUCGAGACGGCCUAUACGACCCUUAUGCAAGACUACAUGAAGUAUCUUCGGAGUCACUGCAAUGAAAUAUCAAAGCAGAAACAUUAAGUGCCUCAGUAUCCAAAGACGUUUUAGUUCUUCCCAUAUUAAAGGAAAAAAAAAUCAUGAAAAAUAUUACAAAACAUUUUAUUGGUAUACUUUGUAUAAUGACAAUUUUUAUUUUGAUAUACAUACACUGGUAAAAAUAAAAGGGUCAAAUUGACCCUUUUCCAAUGGAUGGAUCAUAUUUGACUCUUUGAAAGGGUCACCAGGUACUCUUCGAAAGGGUCACGGUUUUGACAUCUAUUUAAUUCCGGAAUAAACGAAUAAAAAAACAAUGAAAAAGUGAUCUUUGGUGUUCGCUCAGAUGAGAGAAAUAUGAUAUCAGUAAUAAGUUUACAAUAAAACAUGAUUAUUCGUGAUAAAUGUGCAUACUAAAUUUCAAGAGAUACAAAAGUGAACCUUUCAAAGGGUCAAAUACGAUCCAUCCUUUUGAAAAGGGUCAAUUUGACCCUUUUAUUUUUACCAGUGUACCAUGAGUGAACAUUUGAUUGUGAUUCGUGUAUCAUAGGAAAUGCUUGAAGUACAGACCUUUAAACAUCUCAACUAUUGUAUAAACACACUGGAAAGAAAUUAUUUACAGAAAUAUAUUGCAUUUGAUUUUUAUUUUCGAAUAAAUUGAGAUUUUCUGGCGCAUGAG